UACCGCCUUCUUGAUUCACAGCAGAUCUCUGCAAUUUAUCGCUUUGUCGCAUCUAACCCUAAACUGUGUCUAAGUGGCUCAGCCAGCAGGGUGUUUGCACUGAUCCUACAGUGCUCACUUCUCUCAGAGGGAGUUGCUUCGCUGCUGGUGCUACGAAGAUAAAUCCGUUAUCUCCCAUCUUGUCUUAUCGCCAUCUCUUCUCUCUCCCCUCUGCGCAACUGAGUCGACACCGGUGGCAUAUUGGACGCGCUGGAUGGCUGCUGCACUUAUCGAACCGGUGUGAAUCUUUUUUCCAUCAUCAUCAUCUUCCUCUGAGACUGAAAGCAAAACAACCGCAGUAAGAAUGACAGACCAGGUGACUCAAGAGUCCUACCCCGUCCCAGACCCGACUGUUGUGGAUCCCUGCCCGGCAACGGUGCGGAACGGCCAGUGCGCCCCGGAUGGCUUCACCAACCACAAUCACCAGCAAGCCAAAACCCCCACGGAGCCUGAGUCAUUCACCGUGGGCCAGGAGAUGAAAAUCACAGACACGGUGGAGGGAGAAGGUCUCCUGGAGAGCAGCAUGCGCCUGAAGCCCCAUGAAGCACAGAACUACAGGAAGAAGGCGCUCUGGGUGUCUUGGCUCUCCAUCGUCGUCACUCUUAUUCUGGCUGUGGCAGCUUUCACUGUAUCGUUUAUGAGACACAGCGCGUCAGCAUUUGGAUUCGCCUUUGAUGCCACGCUGGACGUCAUGUCAUCAGCCAUCGUCCUGUGGCGCUACAGCAAUGCAGCAGCUGUGCACUCUGCACACAGAGAGUAUAUAGCAUGUGUCGUCCUUGGGGUUGUGUUCGUUCUCUCCUCUAUUUGUAUUCUUGGAAAGGCCAUCCACGAUCUGGCUACCAGGAUGCCCCCCAAAGUGGACGACUUCCUCUUUAGUGUGUCCAUAGUGAGUGGGCUCACAUGUGCUGUGCUGGCUGUGGCCAAGUUCAUGCUGGGAAGAGUGCUGACUAGUCGGGCACUUAUCACUGAUGAAAAGUCUGACAAAGCUCGCUAA